AUGGAAAAUAGCAGUAAAACAAUUUCUCAAAAUACAAUAAAAGCACAUGUCGAAGCGAAUGAUGAAUGUAAAGAAAAAAAAGAAAAAUAUUUAAAAUGUUUUAAUAAUUGGUAUAAAAACAAUUUCCUCAAAGGAGACUUAACACAAGCUUGUGACGAUUAUUAUGAGGAUUAUCAAAUAUGUGUUAUGAAUGAUUUAAAUAAAAAGGGAUUAGGUCACCUUAGUAAUGUAGAAAAAGAGAAAUAG